AGCCAUGUAAAUCGCUUAAGUCAUUACGGAGUUAUGGGCCUUGAUGAGUUUGUGACAAAGCGGUAAAUGGGGGCAUCCGUGUUGAAACCUAUGGGACACGAAUCGACGGUCUGCUAUCCGGCUAUGGUUAAUGUCGCACAAUGUUUUAAUAGCAGAUGUUGGUGAUAUUCAUUUGUAAACUUGCAAGAGCUUGUGGUGUAAAUCUUUAUACUUAUCUUUCUACUUUUCAGAAACAAAAGCUGAAAUGCAAAACUGGCUUAGUGAUUAUAUUAUGAACUUGGAAGAAACGGAUGUCCCAAAAUCCCAGAAGAAAAGAAAACAGAGAACACAGCCAAAGUCGCUUAGUGAUAAAAUGAACUCUGAAGACACAGAUGUCCAAUCCCAGAAGAAAGAAAAGCAGGGGACAAAGCCAAAGUCAAAUCAAGAGCUGGGUGAAGCCACAGACUGGUUGAACAGGAGGAAUAGAGACAUGGGUGAAGCCACAGACUGGUUGAACAGGAGGAAUAGAGACAGCGCUGUGGCUCAAGAUGACAGCAGAAUCACUUCUGAAACCCAGCAAUCAUGCACGCCGCCGACAUCAGCAUCCACAUCGCAAGUUACCCCUGCCAAAAAAAAUGAGCCGGAGCAAGUAGAAAGCAGACACAUUCUCUCUGCAAAAAAACAGAAGUGCGACCAAACAGAAGGCAGGCGCGUUACCCCUGCCAAAAAACAGAACUGUGAUCAAACAGAAGGCAGACACGUUACCCCUGCCAAAAAACAGAAGUGUGACCAAACAGAAGGCAGGCGCGUUACACCUGCCAAAAAACAGAAGUGCGACCAAACAGAAGGCAUGCGCGUUACCCCUGCCAAAAAACAGAAGUGUGAUCAAACAGAAGGCAGACUCGUUACCCCUACCAAAAAACAGAAGUGCGACCAAACAGAAGGCAGGCGCGUUACACCUGCCAAAAAACAGAAGUGCGACCAAACAGAAGGCAGACACGUUACACCUGCCAAAAAACAGAAGUGCGACCAAACAGAAGGCAGACACGUUACACCUGCCAAAAAACAGAAGUGCGACCAAACAGAAGGAAGGCAGGUUACCCCUACCAAAAAAAAAGAGUGUGAGCACACCGAAGAAAUAGUGUAUCUCAAAGAGGAAAUAUAUAAGUUGAAACGGCGGGUAAGGAAACUCGAGGACAAGAAGACAGCAAAAGACAAGGAAAGUGAUGGGUAUUCUAGAGAGGCUCUCACAAAACUUGUCGAGAUGGAGAGAAAUCCAUAUACAGCAGCUAAAACUUUGUUAGGAUCUCUUUUCACCCAACAGGAAUUGCUGAGCCACUCAGUUAGCGGUAAAGCACCUAACUCUACAACUCCAGCAAAGCCCAAAUUUGAUGGUCAAAAGUAUAGCAUUUUUGAUAAUAUCAUGCGUGAAAAGUUCUCGACGCUAAAGUCAAAGGACAUAACUGCGAAGGUUCAAGGUGUUCAAAAGUCCCUUCAGAGAGAAAACUCAAAAAAAGAAACCGUGGUGAUUUAAAUUAAAAACUUUUGAACACCUUGAACCUUCGACAAAAGUGCCUUCAAAGAGAAAACUCAAAAAAUGAAACUGUGGUGAUUUAAAUUAAAAACUUUUGAACACCUUGAACCUUCGACAAAAGUGCCUUCAGAGAGAAAACUCAAAAAUUAAAAACUGACACUGUAGUUUCAAGUUUAGUGUUGUAGUUUUUGUGUUUUAAUAGUGUUAAAAGUUUAGUGUUGUAGUUUUUGUGUUUUAAUAGUGUUAAACAUAAUACAUUGUAUUGCUUUGGUUUAAACUUUGAUCUUCACUGCCUAUCCAAGACCAUAGUGCCAUAUGUGAACAGCUUGGAUCCAGAUGAGACAAUGAGGGAUUCAAGCUGUUUGACAUUCGGUCAAUAUUUUCACCAAUAUUUCAGAAUUACUUUGUUUACACUCUAGGAAGGUGUUGCAUUGCUGACCAAUAUCAACAGGGUGGCAAUUAUAAACUAGCAUUUUUGAACCUGUAUGAAAAAGGGUAAAUAAUUUCAUUAGUUGGAAGAAUCAAACAAAACUUUUUUGCAUUUUGGGAAGGUUUUAUUCAUCUUUUAUAAUUUUACAUCAUCAAUACAUAAUAAUGGUAUUUAACAUCAUUAAAAAAACAAGCAAAUGAUAAUCUUAUUCAAUAAUUAUUAGAUCGUCUGUUUUUCAUAGAAAAAAAGUCGAGUUAUUGUGAUAGCCUUGGCUGCGUCGUCU